AUGGAAAACAACAACCCCCAGCAGAGCGCCGCCGGCGGAGCGUACCAGACCCCGGCAGUCGGCGGCGGCGGCGGCGGGUACCCUGCGUACCAGCACCUCCUCCAGCAGCAGCAACAGCAGCUGCAGAUGUUCUGGAACUACCAGCGGCAGGAGAUCGAGUCUGUGAACGACUUCAAGAACCACCAGCUGCCGCUGGCCCGGAUCAAGAAGAUUAUGAAGGCGGACGAGGACGUGCGGAUGAUUUCGGCGGAGGCCCCCAUCCUGUUCGCCAAGGCCUGCGAGCUCUUCAUCCUCGAGAUCACCAUCCGCUCCUGGCUCCACGCCGAGGAGAACAAGCGCCGCACCCUACAGAAGAAUGACAUCGCCGCCGCCAUCACCCGCACCGACAUAUUCGAUUUCCUGGUUGACAUCGUCCCCAGGGACGAGAUCAAGGACGAGGCCGCCGCCCUCGGCGGAAUUGUCGGCGCCCCUACGCCAGCGGCUGCGGCCGCGGGGGUCCCACCGGCCGUGCCAGGGAUGGAUCCGGGCGUCUACGCGCCGCCGCCGCCUUCGCAGGCCUGGCAGUCGGUGUGGCAGACGCCGCCGGACGAUGGGUCUUAUGCCAGUGGCGGGGGCGCCGGCUCCGACGCUGGAGGGCAGGGCAGCCUCGACGGGCAAGGGUGA